AUGAAUUUCGUCCAGAAUCGCACGACGGUCCUAGGCUUCAACGACAACUGGAAGCCGGACUUGAGUAAUGUCACAUCGACGGCUCUGGAUCUCAAGAAUGAUUGGAACCCGCGUUAUAUUAUUCUUGGAAUUGCUGCUCUGAUAUUGUUUUUUAUCUGGACGAAGUCGGCAGAGUUGCAGAAUCCGUCGCGGUUGCCGGUUAUUGGGAGAAAAUGGUAUGAGCUGGGAUAUGGGAAGGCUCGUCGUCGGUUUCAGACUGGUGCGCCGCGUCUUGUAAAGGAUUGUCUUGAAAAAUAUGGAGAUGCCUUUUAUCUCUAUACGGAUUCGAAAUUUCAUCUGAUUCUUUCUUAUAAGUACGCUGAUGCCAUUCGCUAUGAUAAUCGCCUCAGUUUUAUGAAAGCCAUUCAGCAGAAACUAAAUAAUGGGGUCCAUGGGUUCGAGCCGCAUGCUCAUAUGAGCAGCGAUAAGAGAUUUUUGCGCGACAUGGUGAAGCAAGUUCUGACGCGGUCACUCGCGAGCGUGAUCGAGCCUAUCAAUUCAGAGUGCGACGAUGCACUGCGCAGGAACUGGUCUGACUCAGAUGAGUCGCAGGAAUUCAUGUUAAAAGAGACGAUGUGGAAAAUCCUAGGACAAAUCAUAUCAAAGACCUAUUUCAACGACGAGUCGGUACAUCGAAAUCCGGAAUGGAUCAGACUCAGCACAGAAUACAUCAAGGAGUCAUUCGUAGCUGCGCACGAGCUUCGAUCCUGGCCCAAGCCCAUCUGGGGACUUGUUGCAAACUUCCAUCCCAGGACCAAGUUUGUUCGCAGGCAGCUCAAGCAGAUCAGACAGCUAUUGAAGCCCUUCCUGCUCAAGCUGGACGAAGCAAAGGAAGGGAAGGAGUCCAAGACUCCGAUCGAGUGGCUCCAUAAUGCUUUUCAGGGCCAAUCGCCUGAUAUUGUGUCCAUGAUAAUUUCCCUCUGCAUGGUGUCGUACGAUGCUGGGACCGAAGCUGUCACCCACCUCAUCAGUGAUCUCUCGGGGAAGGAUCAAUUGAUACACGAUCUCCGCGCUGAGAUUCUCGAUGUGGUUGGGAAGGAGGGAUUCACCAAGUCUUCCCUGCAGAAUCUUACGCUGAUGGAUAGUGUCAUGAAAGAGAGCCAGCGGUUGCAUCCCGAGUCGUACCUUCUCAUGCAACGACAAGCCUUGGAGGAAGUAACUCUCCCCGACGGAAUCGUCAUCCCAAAGGACACCCUCCUCAUGAUCUCAGCCACACACAUGAUGAUGGAUUCAUCGGUCUGGUCGGACGGCGAUAAAUUCGACGGAUACCGAUUUUUUAACCUGCGUCAGAAAUCAGACAAGGCGGCCCAGGCAUCGCAUUACUAUGUCACAACAAGCCCGGAGCAGAUUGCUUUCGGUCACGGGAAUCAAGCGUGCGCUGGCCGAUUCUUUGCCUCGUACUUGAUCAAGAUCAUUCUUUGCCAUAUCCUGCUCAAGUACGACUUUUCGGUAAAAGCUCCUGAAGAGGGGCGCAGCAGGAUCGCGCGUAUACAAUUGCUGCGCAUCCGGGGCUAA